CCGGUCCGCAAACCCGUAACUCUUUCAGAACGACCAACGUAGCAGGUACACAAUAUACAAUGUACAUGUAUAUGUAGUCAUCCAAUAUCAUUCACUUUCAAGAUGAGUUUGGCCGAUCAAUUAAGAAAGGUACAGUUGAAGUCGCCAAAGGAGCCAAUGAAAGACUUCUCUAGUCCUCGCGUGAGCGGUGGCUUCGUCUCCGACACGGAAAUCGCCGAAUACCAGAACUCCGUUCUUGACGUCAACACGGAACUCUGGCUUGAUCUGCUAGCAGAUGUGACCUUUCCGACAGAAUACUGCGCCAUUGAGCGACACGAAGCAAAACUGUUCAUCUCGGUAUUCGAAAGACUUUACAGAAAUCUCGACCCUUCUGGAAUUUCUCAGGUCGAAUGGCGGGAACAUCUGUCUCCUGACGAACAUGAAAUAGUCAAAUCCAUGACUGACAGACUGUCUAAGACGAUGCACAAAUUCACAAGCGAUGGCGGCUCAGCGUUUGUCAAGACUUCCUCCAGGAGCCCUAAAGACGCCCCCUUAGCCCAGACUCGCUUCAAGGAAAUGUAUGUAAGUCAUUUGGCAGAAGCAGACGACAGCCAGACUACGUCAGAGAACACUAAGAUCACGUGCCUCCUCCAAGCAGCCUUCGAAGCGCUGCGAGUGAAAUCUGCCGACGAAGUGCUAGACAUGAUGUUCCGGAGUGAGAGAAUUUACCAAGACAUGCUGCUAGCUGUUCAGAUCGAAGACAGAUUCUGUGAAAAUUUUGUCAUUCGACAGUUCGUGCCAAUCGACGUUGACAUGGAGUUCCGGGGUUUUGUCUAUGGGAAGCAGCUUGUUGCUCUGUCUCAGUACAAUUACCUGAUACAUUCGAAGAGAUUGGUUGAGAAACGGUCUCAAAUAAGCGAUCUCAUACGAGACUUCUUCAACACUCAAGUGACAUCGAGACUAAAAUCUCACAAGACUUUUCCUGAUAAUUUCGUUAUAGACUUUGCUGUUUGUGAUGAAGGUGACAAGAUAUGGGUGAUCGAGAUUAAUCCGUUCCUCUCGACGACAGAUGGCGCUCUCUUCAGCUGGGAGCACGAGCGACGUCUGCUGGAAGGAGAAGAAGGGUUCGUCUUCAGACUUGUGGAGAGAGAGAAACCCGGCGCCACGGCAAUGCUACCAUUGGGCAUUAAAGCUCUUCUGCAGUCAUGACGUCACGGGCUUUAUAGGUGAACAUCUCAGGACAUGAAGCACGUUCUGGAGUUUCUCAGAAUUGACAGAGAUAAAGCCUCGUCGUGUGAAGCUUGCAUGGGACUAACAGAGUUGGCGAAACAUCCACCAAAACGC